AUGGCUCCUCAGGUUAUCUCCAAGCCUGCCAUGGGUCCAGCUCACCGCGCUCACGCCCAGAGCAAGACUCUCAUCAACAACGCCGGUGCCGCCGCUGCCGUCAGAAAGAUGACUGGCCCUGCUAUCCCCACCACCAAGGGAUCGAACGCCUUGGUCACCGAGCCCCAGGUUGAGGAGGUCAACAUGGUUCAGAAGGCCGAGAAGGCUGAGAAGGGCAAGGAGGCCGAGAAGCCUCGCUUCGACACCUUCUACCCUUUCCCCCGUCUCCCCAAUGAGAUCAAGGCGAUGGUCCUGUCUGAGUAUAUCGACUUUGAGCCUUCCAUCAUCUACGCAAGCUGCAAGGCGAACAAGGAAGUCCCGGGCCUCAUCGACGUCAACACUGGCAAGGACGGCGCUCACUCGAAGUUCAAGUGCCUCGCCCAGCUCAUGAAGGGCAUCCCCGGCUUCGAGGCCUACGUCGAGCGCACGAUUGGUGUCUCGUUCUACGACUUGUCCUACCACCCCGAGGAAGGCGUCCGCAAGGGCAAGGAUCUCAUGGUUCUUGUCUUCGAUAACAAGAUGGGUCGCCACUUGAACUGGUACGGCGCUACUCAGCGUAAGCAUAACCGCGAGUACUUCGUUCCGGGUAUCGAGGACAUUGGCGUCAUGUACGAUCAUGACCGCCUCUACGGCCUGGGCUUGGGCGCUGGUCUCCAGUCGUCCUCCGUUCACCCUUGCUCCUCCCAAGAUCUCAGCAUGUUCGUCACCAACCUCGGUGCCGUCAAGAACUUCUACCUUCUCGUCAAGCUGCGCGGCAGUCAGGCUGAGCAGAAGAAGUGGAUGAAAAUUCAUCUUGCCAUUGCGAAGCAUUGCAACAAGGAUCUCAUGGUCUUUGAGGACAAGGAUCGAACCUGGGUGGAGAUCACCCAGAACAAGGCAAGACGCCAGUACGGCACCCCCGUGCAAGCUGCCGGCGACCUCCUCCGACAGGCCGAUAAAUUGUACCAUGCAAUCGGCACCAUGUGUGGUGGAUCCCCCAGGGUCCAGUUCCGCAUUCUUGUGGCUUCGCGCUUCAAGAACAAGACGCUGGGAAUCUGGGACUGA